AUGUACUGGAUCCGAUUGUUUUGCGUGAGUGCGGGUGUAUGCGCAGAAUGGUAUCCUUUGAUGUACCAUAUUCAUUUAUUUACGACCAAAACCGAUAAUUUCUUAUGUAUACCCAUCCGCCAACUAGUCGAAAAGUUUAGUAGCAGUACUCCUAAUGAUUUGCACCAGUGCUUAUUUCCAUGUCAUAACUGUGGAGGCUCAAUUAGCAUGAAAAACAAUAUUCGACUGUAUAAGUAUAAUUUCUUGAAGACGUCGAUUCUGUCGAGUACUAUCGUGGUUACUAUUUGGUUUUUUGAAUUCAAGACAUUAGAGUUACAAAUGUAUUUCCGUACUUUGAUAAAAGUACUUCUUUUAAAUUUCCUGAAACCGCCACACAUAGUAUACUUUUUUUUGAGAGAAGACAAACCUUUUCAAUUCGAAAAAGAGUAUGAUACUGAGACACCACUAUCGUCAUUUGACAAUAACUAUCCGGAUUAA